CAUCAGCUAUGACUUUCUGUUCCAGAGACAAGGAGGAGUCAGAUGGAUCCAAGGCACUGGUCAGGUCCGAUCCUUAGGCAAUGUCCGCCUACAGACUGCUCUUCUCCCAUCAAGCCAUGGUUGGGAUGGUACUGCUCAUCGCUCUCUGGCUCCUGAUCGCUCAUUUCCUGUCUUCAAGCAGGCCAUGGGACACGGGUAUAUGGUCCCUGAGUGGAGUCCUACAGCCCCACUCCAAACUCACGGUCCUUAUCUGGCACUGGCCCUUUAACAAGUCCCUGCCAUUGGAUGGUGAUGUCUGUGCUCGCUACGGCGUGGCCGACUGCUGGCUCAGCACCAACCGUAGCCUCCUCCACCGGGCCAACGUAGUGGUCUUCCACCAUCACGAACUCCAGAGCGGGGCCGUCCGGCUGCCUUUGGCUAAGCGGCCCCCGGGGCAGCCCUGGGUAUGGACCAACCUCGAGUCUCCAAGCAAUACUCACGGGCUUUCCCGUUACCGGAACAUUUUCACCUGGGUCAUGAGCUACCGGAGGGACUCUGACAUCUUUGUGCCUUAUGGAGAGCUGGUGCCCCGAGCCGGCCCUGAUCUCCCCGUGCCAGCCAAGAACCGCACCGCUGCCUGGGUCAUCAGUAACUACCGGCGGACGCAGAAGCGUGCGCUAGUGUACAGCCAGCUGUCUAAGUAUCUCCUGAUAGACGUCUUUGGCCGCGCCAGCAGGAAGCCCCUCUGCGCCGGCUGCCUCCUGCCCACCCUUGCCCCCUACCGAUUCUACCUGGCAUUCGAAAACUCCCAGCACCCGGACUACAUCACCGAGAAGCUGUGGAGAAAUGCCCUGAGUGCCGGGGUCGUGCCUGUGGUGCUGGGCCCUCCCCGGGCCACCUACGAGGCCUUCUUGCCGGCCGAUUCCUUUGUGCACGUCGAUGACUUCGGCUCCGUCCGGGACCUGGCCACCUUCCUGAAGAGCGUCAACGCCAGCCACUAUCAGCGCUUCUUUGCCUGGCGUAAAAGGCUAGCUGUGCGGCUCUACAGCGACUGGAGGGAGCGCUUCUGCGGCGUCUGUGCCCGCUAUCCCCAUCUGCCCCAGGGCCAGGUCUACAGGGACUUAGAAGCCUGGUUUAAAUCACAAUGAUCAGGCCUGCGCUGGCUAGCUGCCGCAGUGGCUCCCAGCCAUCCAGGCUCUGGCUAAGUGGAGGUCGGUCGGCCCGCAGAGGCUUUUCCUGGAUGGGCCCCUGGGUCCUGAGGAGCGACGGAAUCCAAUAUGCUGUCCUGUUCUCUUCUCUUCACCUUACCUUCUACUCCUUGUUCUUUCACAGUCCCAUGAAGAAGCCAGACUCCUAAAAAACAACACUAAACUCCCAUGAAAGACUUUGAGUCCAGGCUGGACCAUUUCCUGGAUGUGUGGCCUUGGGCAAGUCACUCCUUUCAGGAGCUGUUUCCCGGCUGUAAAAUGAAAAUCUUGAAACGUGUGUGUGUGUGUGUGUGUGUGUGUGUGUGUGUGUGUGUGUGUGUGUGUGUGUGUGUGUGUAAGGGGAUGCUGUGGUGAUUUUUACCAGGAUCUCUUUCACUGAUGGGCCAGACUAUAACUGUAAAUUCAAAUCCUGUGUUUUGUGACAAGGAAAUCACUUUAAAAGACUGAUAUGAAUGAGCUAUGGCAUGGGAGGGAUUUUUGAGGGACAACAAAUUCUCAGUAUGAGAUGCUGAAACUACUUCAUCAGCGUCAUGCUCACAUUGGCCAUGUAGUGGUAUAAGAAACACAAUAUAUAAAUAAAAACCUCAGAACCUUGGA